AUGAAUUUUAUUGAAAUAGCAUGUUUAUGUGCAGCAAUUUUUAUUAAUAUUGCGCUGAUACAGCACACUAUCGCUGUUUUCAGAGAAAAACGAAAUAAGCUUUUAGAGUUAUUCAAUAACAGACCAAUCUUACCGGCACGAAAAAUCCGAAAAAAAAGGAAGAAAAGACAAUUUUGGAUUCGUCCUGGAAGGACGCCAUUAUGGUGGGAAAAUUUGAAAAAUAAUAUUGCUGUCAUUGAAGAAUGGCAAGAAAAUUUCCGGAUGUCCCAGCCUACUUUCAAGAAGUUGUGUGAAGAACUUAGACCUUAUCUGACAAAAAAGGAAACAAAUAUGAGGAAGCCAUUGGACGUCGAGACUCAAAUCGCAAUAACACUGUACUACUUGGCUGAUGAAGGGCGAUAUCGAAAGGUUGCAAAUGCUUUUGGUGUAGCGCGUUGUACCGUUUCUCGCACCGUACGAAGGGUAUGCAAAGCAAUUUCAACAAAGCUUGGACCAUUUUAUAUAAGACUUCCAUCGACGCCACAACAGGUAAUACUAUAAUCAUUAGAAUAUGUUUGCAUUACGACAGGGUAAUUGGGUUACAGCAUUUUUUCUAUUCAGGUUGAAGAAUUAGUUUCUGGUUACUUGAGAUUUCAUGGAUUUCCUCAAUGCAUUGGAGCAGUUGAUGGAACCCAUGUACAAAUAAUACAGCCAAAUGAAAAUUACACAGACUACCUAAACAGGAAGGGGAAAUAUUCAAUAAAUGUUCAAGGACUUUGUGAUUACAAGUACUGCUUCACUGAUGUUGUAGUCAAAUGGCCUGGGGCUGUUCACGACGCUCGAAAAAAAUGUGUGAGAAUAUAA